GUAAUAUGUAAGGGGUUGUUAUGGUAACGUCCGUGACAGGACCAGCUGGUGACUCCGCUGUUUGGCGCGUUGAAUUCAUGCGCGCUKUUCGCUCGGCUCAGCUGCUCAAUAUUCUAAUUCAGAAGCUGUUUACAUUCAGAAAGCUUACAAAUCCUCACGUCCUAAAGAGGGUCCGAAGAAUUUGAUACCAAGUAUCUAUUAUGUUCCAAAUGGACCGAMUUCGGACCGAGUGUUUGUGAAGAACGAAUGAUCGAGGAAAAACAAUGUAAAUUUCAGAAAACGUGAAAUUUAUGCAUUUUGCGAGCGGGUUUGUCAACGARUCAUAAACGCGACUGAUUUCAACCGUAAUUACUGGCAAAUUAUAUAACAUUGCAAAUUUUAUGAUUUGCUUUAGUCGAAAAAUGUGGAUCUGUGGACCAAAACAUGGAGUUUUGUUGGUGRUGUUGACAUUUCUCUCUCUAGAGGGAAGCCCGUCAAGUGCUUUGAAAUACUUUAAUAUUGGAGCUAUGCUUUCUUCACAGCGAUCGGAACAAUUCUUCAACGAUGCUGUCAGAACACUCAAUCAGAAUAGCACGGUGUUGUUGAACGACGUCCGCUUGAAUUCAACUGCUUCUGUUUUAAGUUCAAAUCCCAUUCGUUCCGCUCUCGAUGUAUGCGACAAUGUUAUCACAAAAAGCGUGCAUCUWAUAUUGGUGAGCCAUUCCACUGAAAAGCCAAAUCCACCGAUUGCCAUUUCCUAUGCUUGUGGCUUUUAUAAUAUCCCCGUUAUUGGGAUUGCAUCGCGGGAGUCAAUCUUCUCUGACAAGACCAUCCAUGACUAUUUCCUGCGUACYGUCCCUCCCUACUCAGAACAARCAGAAGUAUGGAUGGGGUUACUUAACUACUUUAAAUGGAACAAAGUGAUACUGUUGACCAGUAAUGACCAGGACAGCCGAUCUAUUGUCACGCGGUUUACAACCAUGGCAGAAAAAAAUGACGUCAAGAUCGAAAAAACUGUCAUGUUUCCAACGGGAACAGUUAAUGUGACGUCAUACCUUAUGAAAUUACAGACUACUCAGUCAAGAGUGAUAUUGUUCAGUGCAAGUGGCUCAGAUGCAGCAGUCGUAUAUCAGUAUGCCUCAACCCUUUCGAUGACAAAGAAGGGUUUUAUCUGGAUUGUAACCCAACAAGCAAUAUCAGGGCAAGCUAAGAGCAAAGUACCACAGGGUGUUGUGGCAAUGCAGCUUCUACAUGGUAACAGUGAAGAAGCAUCCUUAACAAAAAAGACUCCAACGCUACCAUGGAAACAGUAGGACAUUACUUUAAUGGACAGGUGUCACUCAUAGAAAACGACAGCAUCAUUUGGCCAGGAGGGCAGAACACUACACCUAAAGGAGUCUUUGUAUCCAAUCAUCUGAGAGUAGUGACACUAGUCGGUGAACCGUUUGUUUCAGUGCAGGCUGUCCCUGAUAGCGGCAAAUGUGAAGAUCUUAAUAAAGACAACAAAAAGCAUGUAUUGUGCACUGGUAAAGCGUUUGGUUCUGAACUACCUCCUGACGUCAGGGGAAGAAAUCAACACUGUUGCUAUGGUUUUUGUAUCGAUCUGCUGUAUAAACUUGGAGAGAAAGUCAACUUUACUUUUAGUGUUUCGCUGUCGAAAGAUGGAAGCUAUGGUUCUUUAAGAAGGAUUGUUGCCGUCAUCCUAUACCUGCUUGACCGGUUUAGCCCGUUUGGGCGGUUUAAACUGGCUAGAAAAGACAAGGAAGAAACGGCGCUUAACUUAUCCAGCGCAAUGUGGUUUUCUUGGGGAGUUUUGCUAAAUAGUGGAAUAGGCGAAGCUUCGAAACCCAUCUGACCAAUUCAAGUACGGAACCGUAGCGAAUAGCAGCGUAGACGCGUAUUUCCGUCGUCAAGUUGAACUCUCCUCAAUGUACACGUUUAUGGAAACGUAUAACGUAAAAACAGACAAAGAAGGAAUUGAAAAAGUAAAAAAAGGUGAAUUGAAYGCGUUUAUUUGGGACUCUCCAUUCCUGUAYUACGAAGCGUCAAAAGACUGUGAACUUGCAACAGCCGGGGAAUUGUUUGGUAGAUCUGGCUACGGUAUAGGAAUGCCAAAGGGUUCCUCUUGGAGUAAUGAUAUCUCCCUGGCGAUAUUGAACUUUCACGAGAGUGGAGUGAUGGAGGAGCUUGAAAACAGAUGGAUUGAUGGCAAGAAUUGCCCYGAGGACAGCACAUCACCAGCAACGCUGGGAUUGAAUCAUAUGCUUGGGGUAUUUAUCAUGGUCGCCGCUGGUAUCGGCGCUGGUAUCGUCAUUAUCAUCCUAGAAAUCCUCUACCACAAACAUCGAGGAUGGAAAGAAGARCAGAAAGAACUCGCYAAGAAAACGACMGACAAAUGGCGUGCUAAUAUCAUGAUGAUGAAGCGAGACCGAWCAAAUAAUCAACCUAAUGGCGUCAAUAACUCUGAUGGACAAGACGGGGUAGGAAUUUCACGCCGUAAUCCGAUCUAUUCGCCAGAAAACGCUACAGAAACAGCUUUUACUUACAGCUAAACAUUCAGAGAGCGGGCACUCUCCARUGAAGCUUCGGCGCCCGCAUAUGGGAGUGUUCGGAUACUCGAGGGUUCGAACUCUCACUCUAAAAGGGGUUUUAAUUGUUUCAUAGUGACGAUGCCGUGGAAAGCAAUGUAGUUCAGAAUAAUCUCCUUCACGGUUCCCUGCGCCAUCUUGAAAGGUAGCCUUGUCUUAAUAUCGAAGCCAAACAACCAUUGAGCGUGCAAUAGAUACUUGUGAAUAAUUGUCUGUAGGUGUGAAAGAGGGUUUCUAUCAUUGCACGCUCAACAGUCGUCUCGCUU